AUGAGAAAACUCAAUAUGAAGAUAAAUCCAGCCAAAUGCAUAUUUGGGGUGUCGUCAGGAAAAUUUUUGGGUUACAUUUUCUCGGAGAAGGGAAUUGAAGUAGAUCCUAUCAAGGUGCAAGCGGUGCGAUAUAUGCCAUGUCCGUCGACAAUCAAAGAUGUGCAGAAGUUAAAUGGUCAGCUCGCGGCAUUAGGGAGAUUCAUCGUGAGAUCGUCGGAUAGAUGCAAACAUUUUUUCGAUGUACUAAACAAGAGGAGCAAAUUCGAGUGGACUGAAGAAUGUGAUGGGACAUUGAAAAGUAUAAAAGAUCAUCUCGCGAAUCUCUCCAUCCUUCAAAAGCCGGAGCCGGGGGAGGAGCUCCUAAUCUACCUAGCGGCAAUCUCAAAUGCCUUGAACGUGAUUCUAUUGCGAUCAGAUAAGGGAAUCGAAAAGCCAAUUUCUUACAUCAGUAAAAUAUUUAACUCAGCAGAAAUAAAUUAUACAAAGAUAGAGAAAUUGAUUCUCGCAUUGGUAUACGCGACACAAAAGUUGCGAACUUAUUUUCAAGCACACAAAAUCAAAGUACUAACGAGAACCCAAAUUGAAUCAGUUCUGAAACAUACUCAAAGAGUAGGAAGAGUCGCAAAAUGGAACGCACAAACAAAACAUUACGUAGUAAAAUACGAAAUCUUAUCCUCACCAAAAUCUCAAGUCAUCGCAGAUUUCCUGGCUGAAUUCCCGCUGGAAGAAGAAGAAGACGAGGAAAAAAUGAUUGAGAUCGACGAUGAGCAAUCAGAUACACAUGACCUACUAAAAGAGACUAACACAACAAGAUGGGAAAUAUUCGUGGAUGGAUCCACGAAUAGUCAAGGCAGGGGCAUUGGAAUAGUCUUCACCUCACCGGGAGUAGCUAGAAUAGUAUUUUCGUUCAGGAUAGAAUUUCAAUCCACUAAUAACACGACAGAAUAUGAGGCACUGGUACAUGCUUUGAGGUUGGCUGAGGAAAUGAAGUUAGAAGAUAUCCGGUUAACGAGUGACUCCCAGCUCGUGAUUAGCCAAAUAAAAGGAAAGCAUAAUGCAAGCGACCCUAUAAUGCAAAAAUAUUUGAAGGUUGUCAAGCAGCAUGCCAUGAAGAUACUAAAAAUAGUAUGGCGACAUAUAGGUCAGAAAGAUAAUUGGUAUGCGGAUGCACUCGCAUUUAUAUCAUCCAUGACAGUGGAUCCCAGCGUAGAAUACGUGUUCGUGCGAUUGAAAAAUCCCUCUAUCGAGAUGGAAGAACAGAACGAAGAAAGCCUGAAAGAGCAGAGCGAAGAAAAUAUAGAAAUAGAGAACGAAGAUAUGAAAGUUAUGAACUUGGAAAUGAAAAAGGGGACUAAGGAAUCAGAAGAAGACGAUUGGCGAAAACCAAUCUAUGAAUAUCUGGAAAGGGGUGAACUGCCAAGAGACAGAUUAGAAGCAAACAAAAUUAAAAGCAGAUCCACGAAAUAUGAAUUACGAGAAGGCAUUCUUUAUCGACGAUAUUUUCUGGGACCCCUACUGAGAUGUCUAUCGUUGAAGGAAUGCAUGGAGAUAUUAAAGGCAAUACAUUAUGGGGAUGCAGUGAAUCAUAGUGGUACAAAAUCGCAAGCAUACAAAGCAAAGGACAUGGAUACUUCUGGCCAAGGAUGUACAAGGACGCAGGGGAGGUGA